AUGACCAAUUUUCUGAAAUUCCGAAACGGCAGACGGCUGGCCCUGCUGUGCGCGCUCCUGGGGACCCUGUGCGAGACAGGAUCUGGGCAGAUCCGCUACUCGGUUCCCGAGGAGCUGCGGAAAGGCUCCUUCGUGGGCAACAUCGCCAAAGACCUGGGGCUGGAGACUUGGGAGCUGGCGGAGCGCGGAGUCCGCAUCGUCUCCAGAGGUAGGACGCAGCUUUUCUCUCUGAACCCGCGGAGCGGCAGCUUGGUCACCGCGGGCAGGAUUGACCGGGAGGAGCUCUGCGCUCAGAGCGCGCGGUGCCUGGUAAAAUUUAACAUCCUGGUUGAAGACAAAUUGAAAAUUUUUGAGGUAGAAAUAGAAAUUAAAGAUAUUAAUGAUAAUGCUCCUAAUUUUCUGACAGAGGAAUUGGAAAUAAAAAUUGGUGAACUAACGGUUCCUGGAACCCGAUUUCCACUUAAAGCUGCAUUUGACCCAGACGUGGGCACAAACUCCCUGCAAAACUACAAGCUCGGCCCCAAUGACUAUUUCUCUCUCGCUGUGACUAGCGUCUCCGGGGCCAAGUACCCAGAGCUGGUGCUGGAGAGGGCCCUGGACCGUGAGAAAAAGGAAGUUCACCAGCUUGUCCUUGGUGCCUCUGAUGGUGGGGACCCUGUCCACUCUGGCACCUUGUACAUCCAAGUGGUAGUUCUGGAUGCAAACGACAACCCGCCAGUGUUUACUCAGCCUGAGUACCAUGUAAGUGUUCAGGAAAACGUGCCGGUGGGCACUCGGCUGGUCACAGUGAAUGCCACCGACCUUGACGAGGGUUUCAAUGCUCAAGUGUCCUAUAUUCUAGAUAAAAUGCCUGGGAAAAUCAAUCAGGUUUUCGAUCUCAACUCAGUGACUGGAGAUAUAUCAAUAUUAAAAAGUCUAGAUUAUGAGGAUACUAUGUUCUAUGAAAUUAAAAUUGAGGCACAAGAUGGACCAGGUCUCCUUUCAAGAGCCAAGGUUCUAGUCACAGUUCUGGAUGUGAAUGAUAAUGCCCCAGAAGUUACAAUCACUUCUCUCACAGGCUCAGUCCCAGAAGAAGCUACCGCUGGAAGAGAAAUUGCUCUUAUCAAUGUGCAUGACCGCGAUUCUGGGCAGAAUGGGCAGGUCACAGUUUUUGUCCUGGGAAAUCUGCCAUUUAAUUUAGAAAAAUCAAUUGACCAAUAUUACCGUUUAGUGACAGCCAGAUCCCUGGACCAUGAACAGAUGUCGGAAUAUAACAUCAGUCUAAGAGCCACAGAUGGUGGAAGUCCGCCACUGUCCACGGAAACUCACAUCACCCUGCACGUGUCAGACAUCAAUGACAACCCACCCACCUUUCCUCACUCCUCCUACUCCGCUUACAUUCCCGAAAACAACCCCAUAGGAGCCUCCAUCUUCUCAGUGACCGCCGAGGACCCAGACAGCGGUGACAACGCCCACAUCAUUUAUGCAUUGACUGACGACACUCUCCAGGGGGCUCCCGUAUCUUCCUAUGUCUCCAUCAACUCCAACACCGGCAUUUUGUAUGCGCUGCGCUCUUUCGAUUAUGAGCAGUUUAGAGAUCUGCAACUACUGGUGACAGCCAGCGACAGUGGGGACCCACCACUCAGUAGCAACGUGUCGCUGAGCCUGUUCGUGAUGGACCAGAAUGACAAUGUGCCUGAAAUCCUGUACCCCACUCUCCCCACAGACGGUUCCACUGGCGUGGAGCUGGCGCCCCGCUCUGCAGAGCCCGGCUACCUAGUGACCAAGGUGGUGGCAGUGGACAGAGACUCAGGCCAGAACGCCUGGCUGUCUUACCGCCUGCUCAAGGCCAGCGAACCUGGGCUCUUUGCAGUGGGGCUGCACACGGGCGAGGUGCGCACGGUACGGGCUCUGCUGGACAGAGACGCACUCAAGCAGAGCCUGGUGGUGGUCGUCCAGGACCAUGGGCAGCCCCCUCUUUCGGCCACCGUCACGCUCACCGUGGCUGUGGCUGACAGCAUCCCAGACGUCCUGGCCGACCUGGGCAACGUCAAGCCCUCCACCGACCUCGAAGAUUCGGGUCUCACGCUAUACCUGGUGGUGGCGGUGGCCGCUGUCUCCUGCGUCUUCUUGGUCUUUGUCAUCAUUCUGCUGGCGCUCAGACUGCGGCAUUGGCACAAGUCUCGGCUGCUGCAGGCUGCAGGAGGCGGCUUGGUGGGCGUGUCCGCCUCGCACUUUGUGGGCGUGGACGGGGUGCGGGCUUUCCUGCAGACCUAUUCCCACGAGGUCUCCCUCACCGCGGACUCGAGGAAGAGUCAUCUAAUCUUCCCUCAGCCCAACUAUGCAGACACGCUCAUCAGCCAGGAGAGCUGUGAGAAAAGCGAGCCUCUGCUGGUAUCUCAAGAUUUACUUGAAACGAAAGGAGACUCCAACCUACUUCAGAUUAAUAAAAGUUAUCAGAAUCCCUUUUCACUAGAAAGGAUUUUUUCCUGA